AUUGGUCCAAACCAUCCUGAACUAUCGCGAGAAUUCUUAAGAAAAAAAGGUAGUGGAGCGGGUUAGCAUUGUGUUGCCGGGAAGAGAUUUGGUGCUGGUGAAGGAUCCAAUAUGUCGGAGACAGACCCCAAGACUGUGCAGGACCUGACCGUGGUGGUGCAAAAUUUGCUUCAGCAAAUGCAAGACAAGUUCCAGACCAUGUCAGACCAGAUUAUUGGGAGAAUUGAUGACAUGAGCACUCGUAUAGAUGAUCUGGAGAAGAAUAUCGCAGACCUCAUGACACAGGCAGGAGUGGAAGAAGAGGAGAGUGCAAACAAGCAGCCGCCGCCAAAAUAGCUUGCACUGCGGGAUUCCCAGAUUUUAUACCAGCCCACUGGACAACAGUAUCAUUUCCCCCCAAUAUAGAUGGCUGCAGAGCAUUUUUGUAAUAACUCUUGUGAUCGAGCAUUGAUUUCUUACUUGUAUUGUACAUUUGGAUUUGUUUGUAUUUUAUGAUUAUUUAGUGAUCUCCUAUUCAAGUCACCACCAAAUAAAUGGUUAUUACACUUA